AUGGUUGACCUAACCAUCGGACAAGUUGCAGCUAUCAUUGCAUUUGGUGCCGUGGUUGCCCGUGUGUGGAGUCCGACGUUGGGAACUUUUAUCCUUGCCGGACAGCUUCGCGAUCGUGAAACGGCAGCUACAUGGACUGUUGCAGCAAAACACCUACAAAGCUCAUAUUGGCCGCUUUUGCUUCGAUCUGAUGCAAUCAAAGACCGCGGAGUCCGUCGACCCAUCGUUGCCAUCACAUUAAUACUGCCACUGCUAAGUUUGCUCAUCGCGAUAGCCGGUGUUGUAACUCCCCUUGGUCUUUACGAGUCGAGUGAGCCCAAGUCCGAGGCCGUCAGGGCUGACUUUGCGUACGUUCCGGAUUCAAGCACUUUCUAUGCCGGCACAUCCACACGAGAUGACAAACCUUUCACGCGAACGUGUAGUCUCUACAGUUGUUAUUUCCCAUGUCCAUACACCUCGGAUGUGACGGUCAUUGCAGAAGAUGGUCUAUCAGAAAACUGUAGUUUUUCCGGGACCAUCAACGCAACUGUCCCCGAUAUUCUCCACGACAUCUAUUCAAGCGGCACGCAAUACGAGAGAACCACUAUCUCCAACUACUUCGAUAUAGAGUGGCGCCAAACCACGACGCAAUACUAUCGGCUUCUGAACAAUGGCACGCCAAUCGCUGCUGGAAUCUUCCGGCGCCUCGAGACCAUUGCGCUUACCGAUGAUGUGCGCGCUGUUGAAGGAUUGGUCGUUGAUGCAAAGAACGGCGGGAUUGGCUUCAGAAACCAUACUCGUCCGUCUGGCUAUCCUGGAGGCGUAACAUGGACGGAGGAUCUUCUGUUCUGGGAACCUGACGUGGAGUGCGUUGACACGAACACCACCAUCGACUUUGAGGUCACGACGAGCUCUCAAACGAAUACCGGUCUUACAAUUUCCAAGCUGCGUCUUACAGACAGGGGUGGCUUCGUUAAUUUCAACACGACAGAUCCACUGGACGAUCAGCGUAAUGGUGUGAACAAACCUGAUCUGAGGAUGAGGGCGUAUCAGGCGGCAUGGGCUACUAAUGCCUUCUCCAUGCUCUUCAUGAACAUUUCGAACGCCAUGGAACCGCGAAAGAAGAACAAGCCUUUUGAAUGGAUCAACUCGGAGAUUGGGAAACAGUUCAAAAUCCCUAUCUCGAUGGAUGACACGAGAUACCUCAGCCUCGAUUUUAUCAGCAACUUUGGCGACCAUCUUGCGGUCCCGUCGAUAAUCAGCGACACUGACGGAUUAUUUGAGAAUCCUUACAACAUUACCAUUGAUUCAUUCAUCGCCGCAAGAGACUUAUGCCAGGGCACUCUAUUUGAUGCACCCACCAAACUGAACAACACUUUUGUUCUUUGCAACCUGAUUCGAGGUGUUCCACAAAGAGUAGACGACGGGCCAAAUAUGAUAUUUGAGGACAAAAGUCAAUGGUCCUCUCCGUUAUACGCUUGCGCUUCAGCCGUGAAGGGUACGGUUAAGAGUGUUACGUUUUUCCACAAUGGAACAAACGCGACCAUCGACAAUCUUGUGGUCAGGGAGAUCAAAGACAAGGAAUACGCUACAGAAGAUGACAUGCCGUUGUGGGGUGUCGAAGACUCUUCUCUCAGACUUGACAAGUUUUCACCAAUUUGGGGCCUUUUGCACCCAGCGUACGAGAAUUUCCAAAAUAUCUCGACGACCCGUGCCCCUUCUCUCUACUUUCUCGGAUCAGCGAUGAGUGGCUGGAUCGGACGGGACCUUGAUCCACAAUUCACACACAUGAACCUACCCGCGUCGAUUGUCCCCACUGCUGCUUUUCUUACGAUUCCUUCAACGAUGGAUAACACAUUGUCCACCUACGAUCUCACAGGUCAAACAACCAUGAGUCUGUGGCUAAAGUGGCGGGAACUCUCGAGAUCUGCAGACUCUGCAUCAACUAUAUUGAAAUUGAUGUGGACUGACUUUGCGUCUUCAGCUGUUGUAGGGACCAAAGGUGUCCUUGGUGAACGGAAUGCUCAGCCGAAUGAGCCGGCAGACAUAUCUGUCAUUCCAUUGGUGCACAGGAUACGAUAUCACUGGCGAUAUGGCAUACCUGCCUUCCUCGUGCUUGGGUGCAUGGCGUUCAUUGCGGUCGUGGCGGUUGCAUCAGUCGUGACUCGAAAGUCGAGCCUCGAGACGCUGAAUUACCGCCUGAAGCAGACAUCGCUUGGUCGCGUUCUGACGACGUUGGUUGACCCGCAGUCGAGUACGUUUGCCAUGACUGCAGCAGAUUGGAGCAAGCUCAAUGCCAGGAAGGAUAUGGACCUGGGGGUGAGACAACCGAUGCUCGCACCGGAGCCAAAAAAGCAAACGCCAUCGGGCGGGAGCGAGAGCGUUUCUGGAAUGCCUGAAGACCAGAUUCUACCUCAGGAGUACCAGCCUUUGCAGGAUCAUGAAAUUCUAGAAGCGAAGCAUGAUACACAAAACAGAUAA